UCGACUUAAAUUUACACACGAUGAGGGGGCAGAGAUUUGAGAAAGAGGAGGGACUGCCAUGGUGUCGAACGCGCCCAGCCAAAUACCGUCAGGGCAUUAUCCCACUGUUCUCUGCACAGGGCCAAACUUUAAGCGUAUGGUCGCUCGUUGUGGCACUCGUCCAGAUAGGCUAUAAGGUUUUGGACGUGCUCAAAACUUUUAGCUGUUGCGAAGCUCCACUUUCCCGUAGGCUACCUUGUCAAAAGCUUUCUCCUAUUAGGCCUAUGCAUCUUAGCUGUAGGUAGAUCAGAUUUAUAACCGAGAUGUACUACACUAGUCGGAUAUAAUAGGCCUAUUAUUUUAGCCAUAAUAGAGAACAAAAGAUACGUGCUCGUUUAGAGACAUUUUUCGUUUGGAAAUCAGAAGGUAAAACACCAUAUCGCGCUGCAAUGGAAGUGCAUCCAUGCAACUCUGUGUCCGUGUUUUGCCCCAAAGGACUACAGUGGACUCUGCUACUGCUCUGGUUAACCUUCAGCACUCACGGGGCGUGGGCAACGAUGCAUAGAAAGUUUUCAUCCAGCACACAGCUCAACAAAGAGAUGGAUGCACCAUCACGAACACCCAUUUACGAAAAAAGAAACUGGUGCCCCCAUACUGCAACUAAGACGGUGACAUGUCACGUGCACAAUGGAACAAUUCUUCAGCGUGUGUAUCAGACCUGUCGCUGGUCUCAUGGUUGUACAGGAGGAAGCUAUCGCACUGUGGUGCGACCAUCCUAUAAGGUGGUGUACCGCACAGUUACCACUCUUGAAUGGAAAUGUUGUUCAGGCUUCACUGGAGCUCACUGUGAAAAUGCGUCACAAAAUCAGCUACUGCCUCAGGAAGUUGUGCGGAAACAGGACUCAGUAACCAAACCUCCUGGACAGGCAGGAGAAAUACAAAACUGCCUGAAUUGUAGUCAAAUAACUUUCCUGUCUGAGCGCCUAAGGACUCUGGAGACAAGGGUUCAGCUCCUCACUGACCCUGCCUCCAACCAUGACCACCUGCAAGUCAAAGGUGGAUCAGCACCAGAAUCCACUUUAAUGGGAACAACUCAAGUCAAACAGCCUCCUGCUUCACAGGGCUCCGUAGGGAAACCAGGGUCUCCGGGACUCCCAGGCCCAAAGGGAGAAGCAGGUGUGAGGGGUCCUGCUGGAGCACAAGGGACUUCUGGACCCUCAGGACCCCGUGGACCACCAGGUCUCCCAGGGGAAAGAGGACUUCCUGGUCCUCCUGGCCCUCCUGGGUCUCAAGCCCCUGUACCACAACCAGACAUAGGCCACUCAAAAGACUUGCUUCUAUCAAAUGCUUUUCCAGACCAAAGGGGGGUAUCUGUGCAAGGGCCCAAAGGAGCAGUAGGUCCUCCAGGACCAGUUGGCCCAAUGGGACCUCCUGGAAAAAUUGGACAGAUUGGAAAGCCAGGGGCUCCUGGGGUCCAGGGCCCAGUUGGGCCAAAGGGUGAACGAGGAGAAAGAGGACCUUUGGGAUAUCCAGGUGAUAGAGGGUUCAAAGGAGAUCCGGGACAACCAGGAGCUAAGGGCGAGGUAGGAGAGAAAGGCCUCCCGGGGGAUGGAAUUCACCAAAUCCGUGAAGCACUGAAGAUCUUAGCCGAGAGGGUUUUAAUCCUCGAAACUAUGAUUGGUAUCCAUGUUUGCAGAUGUACCGUGAGCUGCAAGCAGACCUUGAGCUUCUCGCUCGCAGGGUGCAACUGCUGGAGGCAAUCAUCUGGCCAGAGCCAGAUAUUGGAUCAGGAGAUGGACCCUUUAGCACCACAUCAACUGAAUUCUCCCGGAACAAGAGAAGGACACGCCCUUUGCCACCUCAUGUCCUAUCUCUUCAGACAGCAAAUCAAAAUUUUCAUGGGAAAUGAUCCUUUUGACAAAAAAAGUUAUGAAGAUAUUGAUCUUCUCAGAUGUCUCUCAGAGGCAACACCACUCUAAUAUCCUUUCAUUUCACUGAUUUUGUAGUUAUCCAUGAUGUCCUCCACAGGACAUAUGAUUUAGUAAAUAUGGGUGAAAACCUCAGGGAAGAUGGGUGGAUGUUGUGGGGACUGCCUCCCUGGAAAUCUCUUGCACAUUCUCCAUCUGUUCAUUGUACAUGUAUUCUCACCAGAAAUGCAUUCCUGAAAAGUGAAGUUGCCUGUAGAUAUACAACAUUCUAGAAAACAAAGAAAAGCAAACUGGAAACAUGUACAGUACAUGCUUAAAGUAUAUAUGCAUGGUCUGCAAGUAACCAGUUGUUUGUUGCAUUACUCAAACCAUAAUUGUGUAAUGUCCUUCCUGUAUGACACUAAGACCAACGUAUUUAAAAUGUUGUAAUAUUUGUUUAAUCCAUUUGUAGAAUCAUGAACACAUGUAGGGGCCCUGUAAUAAAUAAAUUCUCAUUCCAAAAUGAAGCAUAUAGCUUGGGUAAAUGCUUCUAUUUAGUGUGUCACUCUGUUUUGUUCACAUUUGCAUAAAAUAAUGCAUAGAAAGCAUAUGUUACUUGAAUGCUUUUCAGUGAAUUUCUACUCUCUUUCAGUUAAUUUCUUCUCUCUAUAUUUACUCCUGCAGUAUUAUUAAAGGAAUGUCUAACUUGUUUCCUGUCCAUAAUGUUAAGGCAGUACAUGUAUUGACAUUAGUUUAGCAUAUUUUGACACCUCUCAUUGUCAGUUUUAUGCAUUCAAAAUUACAUGAACUAACAUCAGGUCCCUAGAACCUGAUAAUGUAAUAACUCCCAAUAAUGUAAUAAAAAAAUCCCCUCAUAACUCCAAAAAAACAUGUAAUGUAAUUCCUGAUAAUGUAAUAAAGUGCAUUUCC